AUGAAGGGAUUUAAGUAUAAAGAUAUUUGCUACCUAUGGAAGGCUAACACUCCAAACUAUACCUCUAACUACUCCAUGAUCAGAGAGGAAAUAAAAUUUGAAUGUCAAGAGUCUGAUGAAUCUGAUGUAUCUGAUGAAGAAUCAUAUGUUGGAGAGCUCACCAUUAGUGAACUAGCUGCUGGCUUUACUGAGACAUGUCUAAUGAAUGAUAAACUGAGUGCAAAAGCACGUGAGUACAGGAGUAUCAAUAGAUUCCUGCUAGAAGAAAGACUCCCUCGCACUCCUAUUUUUCUACAAACGGCAAACAACCCUGUUGGUCCUUCUUGCUAUUUAUUAAGGUUGAAUUGUUCCGAUUCUUCUCACAAGCGUGACACAAAUUCUAGUUCGAAGAGUUUCAGAAUGUUUCAGCAAUCGUGUUAUGUAUCUCCAAAGAAAGUCUCUCCCAUAUAUGACUCGGUAACACCGGAUGAGUCCUCUAACCCUAAUAGGGUUCUGAAUGUUGUUCCUUUAAGGAUGAUUAGCAGUGAUGAUGUAAAGGCCACAAAGCCUAGGACGGCACAGGAAAGACGUCCUAAGGAGGGUAUUCAAAACAAGGGCGCCAAACCCUCUUCAUCUAAUACCAGAGAGGAACUUACUAAAGAAGGAACCAGAUAUGUCCAAAACUCUCUUGCUAAAAUAGUUAAACGCAUUUUGGAGGAUAAUCAUCAGGUGUUAGAGAUAUCUGUCCCACUUCAAACCAUAUUUCUUGAUCAUCUCAAAAUCACCAGUGAGGCUAAAGUUGCUCACACUUCCGAUCAUGACCCAGUUGAAGGGGAGAUCAAUAAGGAUGGACAAGGAGGUGCUGAGAAUACCAAUGUCACUCAGGAUGACAAUGACAUUGAAGCUUCUGAAGACAAUGAGCAUAACAGGAACAACGCCGAAACAACUACAAAUGUGGUGGACUUAGAUGAGUAUUCUGACAACAAAUUGCUUGCCUCGUUGAAUCCAAGUGUAGCCAACAAGAUAAUGACUAGAAGAAAAGGCAAAGCUGUUGUUCCAAAGAAAAGAAAGGAGAGGGAGAUUGUUGAAUCUGAGUCUGAUGUUGAAGUGGAUGUCCCUGACAUUCCAUCAAGGAAGAAGCCUACAACCAGCAAGAUAGCUGCAAGUAUUCCUGAAGUCCCUAUUGAUAAUGUGUCAUUCCACUAUGCCUCUAGCGCCAGUAGGUGGAAAUAUAUGCUCCAAAAGAGACUAGCGGGUGAAAGGGAAUUGGCUCCAAAUGCUCCUGAAAAUAAGGAAAUCUUCGAGCUAAUUCAAGAAGCUGGACUGUUGAAGACUAUUUACAACCUUCCCAAAUGCUACGAGAGGUUAGUCAAAGAAUUUACGGUGAACCUAUCUGAAGAUUUUGGAAACAACAAGAGUGUGGACUUCAGAAAGGUGUUUGUGAGAGGUAAGUGGGUAUCAUUCUCUCCUUCUGUGAUUAAUAACUUAUUGGAAAGAACAGAUGAAGCUCGACCUGAGCUUGAAGUGACAGACAACAAGGUUUGUCAAGUGAUCACAGCCAAGCAAGUAAAAAGUUGGCCUCUAAAAGAAAAACUAACUGUAAGUAAGCUGAGCAUCAAAUAUGCAAUGCUUCACAAGAUAGGAGCAACUAAUUGGGUGCCAACGUAUCACAAAUCCACUAUCUCAACUAUUCUUGGCAGAUUUCUGUAUGCUGUAGGGACAAAGGCAAAAUUUGACUACGGAACAUAUAUCUUUGACCAAACUAUGAAGCAUGCUGGAAGCUUCAAUGUUAAGGGUCCGAUUUCCUUUCCAUCCCUCCUGUGUGGCAUAAUUCUGAAUCAGUAUCCCAACAUUCUCAAUGAACAUGAUAUAGUCUGCAAAAGAGAAAGCCCAUUGGCUUUCCACUAUAAACUGUUUUAG